GCUCUGUCUCGCACUGGCACUCAUCUUGUUUCUAUAAUGUGUUUUUACAGCACAAAGAAGAAGAAGAUGGCUGAUAAAAUUCUACCUCAGAGGAUCAGGGAACUGGUCCCAGAGUCUCAGGCUUACAUGGAUCUCCUGGCUUUCGAGAGGAAGCUGGAUCAGACCAUCAUGCGCAAAAGGCUAGACAUUCAGGAAGCCCUGAAGAGGCCCAUAAAGCAAAAGAGAAAGCUUCGGAUCUUCAUAUCCAACACCUUCAACCCGGCAAAGCCUGAUGCAGAGGAUGGAGAGGGCACAGUUGCAUCAUGGGAGCUGCGUGUUGAGGGGCGUCUGCUGGAAGAUUCGGCUGUGUCCAAGUAUGAGGCUACCAAGCAGAAGAGGAAGUUCUCCUCUUUCUUCAAGUCUCUGGUGAUCGAGCUGGACAAAGACCUGUACGGCCCAGACAAUCACCUGGUGGAGUGGCACAGGACUGCCACCACCCAGGAGACUGAUGGUUUCCAGGUGAAGAGACCCGGUGAUGUGGGCGUCCGCUGCACCGUCCUGCUGAUGCUGGACUACCAGCCCCCUCAGUUCAAGCUGGACCCCCGGCUGGCUCGUAUGCUGGGCAUCCACACCCAGACCAGACCUGUCAUCAUCCAGGCUCUGUGGCAGUACGUCAAGACCCACAAGCUCCAGGACCCUCAUGAGCGCGAGUUCAUCAACUGUGACAAAUACCUGCAGCAGAUUCUAAUACCAGAGAGACCAACACACCCCAGGAUAAAAAAACAGAACGGGACAGAGAUCUUUGAGACUCAGCGAAUGAAGUUCUCUGAGAUCCCUCAGCGCCUGCAUGCCCUCCUGAUGCCCCCAGAACCAAUCAUCAUCAACCAUGUGAUCAGUGUGGACCCUAAUGACCAAAAGAAGACGGCUUGCUACGACAUUGACGUGGAGGUGGACGACACGCUGAAGACCCAGAUGAACUCCUUCCUGCUGUCCACUGCCAGUCAGCAGGAAAUAGCCGGACUGGACAACAAGAUCCAUGAAACCAUUGAGACUAUAAACCAGCUGAAGACCCAGAGAGAGUUCAUGUUGAGUUUUGCCAGAGACCCUCAGGGCUUUAUCAACGACUGGCUGCAGUCCCAGUGCCGAGACCUCAAGGUGAGUCAUUCCGUCACCGCCGGAUCUGAUCUGGAGCCCGGUAUCUCUCCAGACGCCAUGUUGCUUCUGUGUCAAAACAAUAAAGAUGUCAAUGAACUGUGCAUCCGUUCAUGUUUUGUGAGAUUUUAA